GACUAGUUAUAUGUUGAUUGUCAAACAUUUAAACGCGUUUUGUGUUCAGAAUAUUAAUACUAACCGUACUCAAUAAGAAGGUUAUUUGAUUAUAUAUUGAAACGCACCUCUAUUGUAUGCGCAAUGGUUUGGUCUGUAGUAGGUGGGACUCAGGAGUGGUCAGCAGGACGUCGUAGAUCAAUGAACUGAACUGAGUUUUGAUGCCUGGGUUGGACGACACUUUGGUGGGAUUAAACCAUAUAACCUACGCAGUGUAGCCUAUGUUAGGUAGCCUACGGAUGUGACAACGCGACAAGGACAUUUGAAUCAGGAUCGAAAACGGAGUUUAUUUCAAACCCGGUCGAUAUGCGGAUUUUUUCCAAAUAAACCCACUGGCUUUUAAUAAACGGGUCUGCAUGUAGCUGAAUUUUUGUGGGGAAACAAGCUUUUUAUCUCGGAAUAACUGGAAUAGGCUAUCCAGGAUGAUCUUUGCAAACACUGCCAACCCGUUGAAGAGCACAUAUCGGAAGCAGUCGUACCCCAUGGCUCCAGCCAGCCCCAGCACGGUGAGCACCAGCAGCAACAGCAGCACCACAGGAUGGGACCAGCUCAGCAAAACGAACCUGUACAUCCGCGGCCUGCCUCCAGCAACCACUGACCUGGACCUGGUCAAGCUCUGCCAGCCAUACGGCAAGAUCGUGUCGGCAAAGGCCAUCCUCGAUAAAACAACAAACAAAUGUAAAGGGUAUGGAUUUGUGGACUUUGACAGCCCUGCAGCAGCCCAGAAGGCGGUCCAUGCCCUAAAGACCAGUGGGAUACAAGCCCAGAUGGCUAAGCAGCAACAGGAGCAGGACCCCACCAACCUGUACAUCUCCAACCUGCCUGUGUCUGUAGACGAGCAGGAGCUGGAGGGGCUGCUGAGGCCUUUUGGACAGGUCAUCUCCACCCGCGUCCUCAGAGACUACAGCGGGGCCAGCAGAGGGGUCGGCUUCGCCAGGAUGGAGUCCAAGGAGAUGUGUAACUCAGCCAUAGCCCACUUCAAUGGGAAGUUUAUCAAGACGGCGCCUGGAACUAUGGCUCCCUCUGAGCCCCUGCUGUGUAAGUUUGCCGAUGGUCAGAGGAAGAGGCACAGCCACAGUCCAUACAUCCCCAGCGGUCGCACUUGGCCCCGAGAGGGAGAGCUCAGACUUGGCGGGAUGACUCUCACCUACGACCCCACCUCAGCUGCUAUGCAGAACGGCUAUUAUGCCUCUCCCUACACCCUAACAGCCAAUAGAAUGAUGGCUCAGCAAGCCAUGUCUCCCUACAUGUCUCCUGUCACCUCCUACCAGGUACAGAAUCCUUCCUGGAUGGCCCACCAGCCUUACAUCAUGCAACACCCACAGGCUGUAAUGUCGCCCUCUGUGGACCACACCAUGACAAUGCAGCCCACCGCCGUCAUGACACAGCAGAUGGGCCAUCUCUCAUUGGGCAGCAGUGGAGCGCAGUAUAUUUCAGCCAACGCUGCAGUCCAGGCAGCCUAUAUGCCUCAGUACGCCCACAUGCAGCAGACAGCCGUAAGUUCCGAGUUUUUCCCUCUUCAGGAAAAUGGUUCACAGCAACAAGUGGAUUCGUCCAAUAAUUCGUCUCCCUACAGUCAACAGAGCAAGUAACGAUAAGGUGACUUCUGUGAGCAGUAAUGGAUGCUGUGGGCGCUGACUCAUGAUGUCACAGUCACAGCCUCUCCUGAUUGGACCAGACCAGACUUCAGUAAGAACUCUUUUGCACAGCUUCAACCAAACAACUGUGUAUGAUGGAACCAACAGCAAUGAUACUAUGGUGUGUAAAACGAAGACAGAGGUGUAAAAAUGGACAAAACCAACAAUUAUCCCCCCUUCAAAACAGGAAGAAAUGUUUUAUUUUGAUAAACGAAAAGACGUGUAUUUUUUACCACGGAUUCUCCAAGUGGAUGCAAUGGGACAAGUAGCCUACAGCGUGAUGUUAAAAGAUGCAUGAGAUUGAUUCUUUUUUUUGUGGAAUCUGUUGACUUAAGGAAAAAGAGACUUCCAAUGGGUUUUAUAGGUAGUUUAUGAGCCAAGAUAUAUGAUGAAAAAAAUGUUGCUUGCAAAAAGUGUUCAUUUGGUGAGGUGUUACUGGUUUUUAUUUUUGGUCUUUAUAAGAUAUUAUCAUUCAAUUAGGCUUCUAGGGUUAAUGUCUGACAUGAUUUUCUGUAUCAGAUUAAAUAUGUAGAAUUGGCCGUUUGGCAGCUGUCAAUCAAUCUAUGAAUAGAGAACUGAUAGAGAAGCUAAAGAAGCAAAUGUUUUGCCAAAUAGAUGAUGGGUUGGAUAAUGUGCCUUCCGCUAACAUCAUAACAGUCAUUUUUCAUAGCCUGGCAGAAUCCGAACUGAUUCCCUAACGUUUCACUGUUUCACUUCAUGGUGAUCACAGUAUUCAGUCUGGUCUAACCAGGCUACAUUAAAAAGAACAGCCACUCUUAAUUAUAACUCCUGUCAGUCCAUAGUAAGGUCUCUUUAGACUUUGACAGCGUAGGUGUCUUGUUUUGUCAUAUUUCACACACAGCCAAGGAUGUUGACCUCCAUCAAAUGCUACGCCUACUGAUCUCAUCUCCCUAAUUAAGACAAUAUAGCCUACAAUUGAAAUAAAAAACAAAAGUAGAUUUAAAAGAAAUGCAAGCUUGAAAUUGUGAGGUAACGUCAAGGCGGCUGGAUUUUUUUCUCUGCUAUUUUUUACUUCAACAGACACAGUAAUAUUAAUAGAAAAUGUCUAACUUUAAUGAUGAAAUUACAAUCUGUUUUUACUUUACGCUAAAUUGACGUGGUUGUCUUUAAAGAAAAUGACAUUUUUUGCUCUAAUGGUUAUCUUGACCAUGCGUGGUCAUGUGUGACUGGUUUUAUCUACCUCAGAGUUCUGUCUGGGCUGGUACGGCUGGGUUUGCAGGUCCAGCCCGCCUCACCAGAGAAGAACACAAAAGCGACGGACCAAAUUGCACCAUUUUCCUUAUGUAGUGCAUUACUUUUGACCCAUAGGCUUCUCACAUAGGGCUAUGUUCAAAACAUAGACUUAGAUAGACAUCACAUCAUUGUAUUUAUCCCAUUAUGGCGUCUGUGAGAGCACGGGCAGCUCCAUUGAAGCAAUCUCCAUUUUGACAGUACAUUUCUACUACUACUUCUGAGUUGGUAAACAAACUGAAAGGGUGCCUACUGCCAUCUGUGUUGUUUGAACAGGUAUAAAGAUAAGGUUGGUGAUAUACUGCCACCUGUAGUUAUGGAAUAUUUACUCACAAUUAUAAUUCAUUGGCUGAUACCUCGUGGUGACCUGGAUGGAAUUAUGUGAUCCUUCCUUAAAAGGAUACUUCGGGAUUUUGGCAGUGAUGCCCUUUAUCUACUAGCAUGCUAGCAGAUACCGAUAGACUUCCUUUCCAGUCAUUGCGCUAACACUAGUUAGCAUUGGCUCGCGAAACUACCUCUAACUUCAAUGAUACUGGACACAGAGACAUAAAAAUGGUAUCCACAAAUUCAUUUGACUCUGGAGUUGUAGAUAAAGGGCCUCAUUGCAAAAAUCCUGAAGUAUCCCUUUAACCCAUUGGAAGUCCCACCCAGUUGACUACUUCAAAAUGGGGAAAGUCCUCGAUGGCGCUGCCAAGCCAAUAGGCUUCUGGGCACUAGAGUCCUCUAUGUAUCUCUAUGGGUCAAAAGUGUUGCACUCUAAAGGAAAUAGGAUGUGAUUUGGAAUGCACCCAAAGCCAAGCUCAGGAGCUGGCCAAUAGCAAUUUUUACAAUUCUUCCUCCUACUACUCUGUCCUCAAAUAAAAAAAACAUUCUGUUUUGUUUAGUAUAGUAUCAUGCUGAAUCUUGUUUUUGUUGUGUUUUUCCGAUAUGAACAUUAUUACAGGUAGAAUAUGGUUUUAGCUCCGCCUUAGUUUUGGAGUCUCUUAAAAGAAAAACCAAGUGCUGCUUGUCGAACAGAUGUUCCAAUAGGCUGGGGAAUGAGGCGAUUUUUUUAUUAUUUUUUAUUAGAGGAAUGCAAACCCACCACGUGGUAGUGUAGGCGACUAGACUUGAUCUAUUCUUCCCUUGAAACACACACACACCUUCGCUGUAUGGGACUUUGUGUUGGCAGUUAAUCUGGUGAGGGGGGGUUGCAGAAGUCUGAAAGAUGGAAGUUUAAAUUGCAACCAUACUAUUUGUAGUCUUGCAUAGCUAGCGAUGUCUGAACCAAGUGCAAUUCUAUGUCUGGAUCAAUAGGCUAGUUGUACAGCAAAUUCCACCAACACUUGUGUGAUAUAGACUGGCUGAUGACGAUAAAUAAAAUGAAAUAGUAGUAAUUUAUGCAGAAAGAUAGAUUUGUUUGUUUUACAUGUCCGGGUGAUGAUGCUGCUGUGUAUCAUCAGUUAGAAAAAGAAAAAUACGCUCAUUUUGUAUUUUUGUUUCUUUGUGUAUGUUACAGCCAUUGUUUCACCAGAUUGUUCUACCAAUCUUAUCCUUGUGCUUUCCUUUAUAAAAACAUUUGAAUAAAAACCCACCAUGAAUCAGCCCUA